CACAGGGCGCGAGCGAGGGUAGUAGGGUCUGCGCCUACAGGCUUUCAGCGGCUGACUUUUCAAACAGUUUGUGUCAAGGCUGUGCCAAGAUAACGCCCAGAUUUCUUCUUUAACAGCAGCCCCUCCUCAAUUCAAGGAGCUCACCAUCUGACUGAGAUUAAGUGAGGCUCCAUUGGAGAAGCUGAUCUUUCCUCUGUGAGCAGUUGUCAGCUGGAGAUGGGAGCUUGUGUCCACUUCCCCUCUCAGUGCGGGGACCUCAUCCAGCUCGGACCUGUGCAGGCCCUGUACUUGCUGCUAUAAUGUUGUUUGGAUGCUCAAUGAAGAUUCUCUGAAGUCUGCUUUUGGAAUCAAAGAGCAUGGAUCCCAGCAGUGACUACCAUUUCCUCAACCACAUUCUGUGGAGAAGAGUGAAGCUCACAUUGGUUUCUGGCAUCUUUGAGGGCGUGCUCCAGCAUGUGGACCCUAACAAGAUUGUUGUCCUAAAACACGUGAAGAACGUAGAGACAGGCCGGAGUGUCCCAGGAGUGAAGAUGUUUUUUGGACAUGAGAUUUUGAAUGUGGAACUAAUGGAUGAAGCAGAACAAGGUGCAUCGGGGGAAAAGGCGUCUUCCACUAGCAUGAACGCAGAAAAGGCUGGAAUGGAGAAAACGAAGGACGAAGACCUAACAGUGUGUGAGCCUGCUUCACCUCUGCCAGAGGCACCAGCCAGCUCUCUGCUCAGCGACCUCAAAUACUGCCCAUCAGAGGAAGAGGAGGUGACAUACACCGUUGUUGAUCAAUUCCAACAGAAGUUUGGUGCUGCAAUGCUCCACAUCAAGAAGCAGAGUGUCCUGAGUGUGGCUGCAGAAGGAGCUAAUGUGUGUCGCCAUGGGAAACUCUGUUGGCUUCAGGUGGCCACAAACAGCCGAGUUUACUUGUUUGAUAUUUUCCUUCUGGGAAGUCGUGCCUUCAACAAUGGGCUUCAGAUGAUCUUAGAAGACAAGAGAAUCUUAAAGGUCAUCCAUGAUUGUCGAUCACUGUCUGAUUGCCUGUCUCAUCAGUAUGGAGUCAUGCUGAACAAUGUCUUUGACACACAGGUAGCAGAUGUCCUUCAGUUUUCCAUGGAAACAGGUGGUUUCCUUCCAAACUGUAUCAGUACUUUGCAGGAGAACUUAAUCAGACACCUUAAAGUUGCCCCUAAAUACCUCUCCUUUUUAGAAGAGAGACAAAGAUGUAUUCAGGAAAAUCCAGAAGUAUGGCUGACAAGACCUCUUCCACCCCCUUUAUUGAAAAUCUUGGCCCUGGAAACAACCUACUUGCUUCCACUCCGCUUGGUACUCUUGGAUGAGAUGAUGUCAGAUUUAACCACACUAGUAGACGGGUACCUAAACACCUAUCGAGAAGGUUCUGCAGACCGGCUUGCAGGCACCGAGCCUGCCUGUAUGGAGCUGCCCGAGGAGCUUCUUCAACUCAAGGACUUCCAGAAGCAGCGCCGAGAGGCAGCUGCAAAGGAGUACAGAGUGAAUGCGCAGGGCCUCCUCAUCAGAACGGGGCUGCAUCCAAAGAAGCCAGGGGGUCGCACAGCAGGGAAAGAGGACCAAAUCAAAGGCUUUUUAUUUUGUAAAACUUCUGGCAUAGACAAAGCUCCACGUUUUCUAUGUCAUGAAUCUGAUAAGGAUGAGAAUUUUUUGGAUAAAGAAUGUAAACAAACUACAGCAAAGUCUCAUAAUCUGCCUCCCAUGAAGGAGGCCAAAGCCAACGAGGAGUCUGAAAACAAGCCAACAGGGCCAGAAGACCCCAGAACCCAGAGAACUCACUCCCUGACUCCCACGCAUGAAUCCCAGGCACAUUUUUCUUUGAAAGAGGAGAUAGAACAGUUGCUAAUGGUAGAAAACAAGGAAGCUGUAAGAAGCCCAAAUGAAGACACUUUGGUGUCUCCUUCUCUUCCUCAGGACACCUGGGUGGCACCAAGUGACAGCUUCCAUCUCUCUGGAAAGGCUGUGGUUCCCACACUUCCGCCCUGCCCAGCUCUGGAGAAGACAGAUCCAUGGAUGAGCCCAUCUCCAGAUCUGCUUUAGGAGUUAAGGUUUCUUGCUGAGUUCACGAAGGGACUCCUCUACCCUGCCAGCAGAGUUCCUAUUAGUUUCUCCUGGGGUAGCGUGGUUAGGUCUCUGCCACAGGCUUCUGGGAAAAAAAGCCUUUGGUUUAGUGUGUCAUCCUGGUGUCUGGAUUCGGAUGGGAGGAUUAAGUGAAAUAAUGGACCAAGUCAAACUUCUGAUUCUGUCAAUAUAUACAGAGAUAUUCCCAGUAGCCUGAGUAAUUACUUCUCAUAAUUUAGGUUUAGAGAAUCUGAAGAAGUGAACAAUGCUUGGGCUCAGUAUCUGGCAGGAUCUAGUUUAGGAACAUUGUGGGCAGCUCCUGCAGGUGGUGGGGCUGGUGCAGCCUGCACAGGCCAUGGGUUCAGGCUGCAACAUAAAACAAAAGUUGUAUUUUUAUCUGUUUGGGUUUGGUUUGGUUCCUUGGCCUUUAGAGUGAAGUAAAUAUAAAAACCCUUACUUGGCCGGGCGGUGGUGGCGCACGCCUUUAAUCCCAGCACUCGGGAGGCAGAGGCAGGCGGAUCUCUGAGUUCGAGGCCAGCCUGGUCUACAAGAGCUAGCUCCAGGACAGGCUCUAGAAACUACAGGGAAACCCUGUCUCGAAAAACCAAAACCAAAAACAAAAACAAAAACAAAAAAAAAACCUUACUUAUAGCUAAAAAAAUUUAUAUCAUCCAACUUCACCAGUACUUUUCUCCUUAAAAUAUUACUUGAAUUGUGAAUUUUUGUGUAUUGUAUUCUAGCCUGAGAAUAAGUAAUGCCAUUAUAGGGCUCAGUCUCUCAAUUUUCUCUAAAUCUCGUUAGCCUUGAGGUUUUGUCCGUUUUCCUAACAAAGCAGGGCGCUGGCUUCUUUGUUAAUCCCUUUGUGGAAAUGUAACAUUUGAGUCAAUUGGGUUUGCACAGGGCUGUCACAUUUCCUUAGAGUGAAGAAAAACAGCUUGCAAGGAGGGCAUUUUGUGUUGAGUGCUCAGAAAUAACACAUGUAUGUAAAACAACCAAUAAACUUGUUUUGGCAUUGGGA